CUUGGAGCAUUUUGCCGUCUCCGAUGCUGACGAAGGGACUGGUCGAAGUGAUGGACGUACACGUUGCCGUCGGCAACAACAAUAUCGGAGGAGAUGACGAGCUCCGGAUGGCAGCGCGGGCAGGAUUGAUCUUGCUCGAGAAGAACGCGGCGCUGGAAGUGGACGUUGAGCUGCUGUCAACUGAACUGCAUCGAUAUAAAGUCCAGCAUCGAGAACUUCAAAUGGAGGUGCAGACGUUGCGCGAUCAAAGGAAGACGGCGGUGUUGGAAGUCCAAGCCGCGCAUAAGGAGGCGAAGGCGCUCCAAGCGUCGUUUCGCACGGAGCGGGCGACGUGGCACAGCACCGAACAAGCUCUGACGCAGCAACUUCGAUCGCUUACGUCCGAAUUGCAACUUGCAAGACAGCAAACUCAGGAAGUCAUUCACCCCACUGCACACGUGGCAUCCAUCGAGUCCAGCAACUUUGACGAUCACAACUUGACGACGAGUUUGACCGAGGAAGAGCCAGCGACAGUGGAAGACCCCCGCGUCGCACUCCUCCAAGCUGAAAACGACGACUUGCACGUGCAGGUGAGCCAAGUGCUCCAGGAGCUGAGCCAGCUCCAAGUGUCGUGGUCCCAAUCAACCUACGCAUCAAACCAGCGCAUUCAGUCUCUCGAGCACGAACUCCACAAACUCACGCGCGAGAACAAGCUUCUCAAGGAGGAGCAAGCGGAGGAGCGCGAUCUCAUCGACAGUCUCCGCACCAUGGUGCAGACGUACAAGAAAAUCGCCGACGCUAGGCCGUUUGGCGCAGCGGCAUCGACCGUGGGCGACGACAGCAACCAAGAUACCCAUGAUGAGGAUCGCACGAGCCUCAGCACGUGUUCAAACGAGACACACGACCUAGAAACGUCGAUGCACGAAGACGUGAUGGCGUUGAACUCAGCGCUGGAACGGCGUGUUCGUGAACUGGAAGCACAAGUGGCCCAGACCACGUCGGACGAUGCCAAGCUCUUGGAGGAACAGUUGAACGGGACAAAGGAAGCACUAAAGCAUACAAAACAGCAGUGGAUUGCGGCAGUGACGGCGAAGAAGGAAGCGCAAGCAUGCACGGCAGCAGCCCACGAAGAACUCGCUCGAAUGCAGGAAGCGUUCCAGAACGUGCAAGAAAAACUUCAAUCGUCGGGAACGAAACCCGACGACGAGUAUGUGGACUGGAUGGAGGACAGUGUUGUGCACCCUGCCCCUCCAGGUUGGAUUGCCGCCGUGUCGCUGUGGAUGCUAAUGAUGUCCUGGCUUUGGGUGGCUUCUUGCGCACAGGCGACCUCGAUUCCCCUCUGAUCGGGUGCCUAUUGCAACACUGGACGAGCGACAAGGAGCUAUGGGGCGAUUUGUUCCGGUGGCUGCAAGGCACAAUCCAUGGCCACCCCACGCACCACAGCGUGCGCAUGGAUCGUUUGUCGAGUGAAGUGAGCGCCGGGUUUGUUCAGCUUUUGGUUCCAGUGCUGCGAGAAGUGCAUGGUGUGCAUGUGAAGGUGAUGCGUCGGACGUCGGUCCAUGUUCUCACGGAUCUGGUGCUCUCCGUGGCAACCGAGUCGUUGGUUGGUUCGUCCAUACGUCUGGAGUCGGUGGCGCCGUCGUCGCCGGGCGUGUUGUACCUUGUUUCGUAGUUCACCAAUUUUAGAUACCAAGUUUUGAGUUUGUCGGUGCGAGUAUUUUAAUUCAGUUGUUACUCAUAAUAUAGCGUUCUGUAUGUAAUAUAAUCAUGCGAAGAAAAUGACAACACC